UUUCUAAAAAGAUAGGUUUUUAGAUUUUUUUAAAAAACAUCAGUCGACUGUGGGGCUCUCAGGUAGUCAGGGAGGCCCUGUUCCACAGCCUUGGUGUCACAGAUGAAAAGGCCCUAUCAGCCAUGCUACGGAGCUCGGUUCUGGGGACUUGGAGGAUGUUAGUGUGUACAGAGCGGAGUGUGUGUGAGGAGGUAUGGGGGGUGAGGAGUUCUUGUAAGUAAAGGGGGGCAUGUCCAUAGAUGCACUGAUGGGUGAGAAGGGAGACGUUGUACUCUAUCCUGAGUGGGACAGGGAGCCAAUGAAGGGUUUUCAGGAUGGGGGUGAUGUGAUCAUGCUUUCGCACCCUCAUCAGGAUCCUGGCAGCACUGUUCUGAAUAUACUGAAGUCUCUGAAUAUUCUAGCCCGGAAUCCCAAUGAGGAGUGCAUUACAGUAAUCCAACCUGGAGGAGACAAAAGCAUGGACGAGCUUCUCUGCAUCUGCCAGGGAAAGUGUUGGGCGGAGUUUAGCAAUGUUCUUGAGGUGGUAAAAUGAUGACUUACAGAGGUGUUUGAUGUGGGUGUCAAAGGUGAGUUGAGAAUCCAUUUUAACACCCAAAUUGGUGACAGCUGUAGAAAGGUGGAUGUUUUGGCCAGAGAAAGUGAUACUGGUGAUGGUAGAAGAGCGGAGAUGGUGUGGUGUGCCUACUAAGAUGGCUUCUGUUUUGGAUUUGUUCAGCUGAAGGAAGUUGAGCCUCAUCCACGCCUCUAUCUCCUCCAGGCAGGUAGUUAGUGUGGAUGUUGGCAGAGGAGCAGUAGAGGAGGUGGGGGUAGUCCUGAGAUAAAGCUGAGUGCCAUCGGAAUAGCAGUGGAAAGAUAAACCAUGCCUGCUAAUGACAUUUCCAAGGGGGAGCAUGUAGAUGGUAAAAAGGAUGGGGCUUAGCACAGAGCCCUGUGGGACACCACAGGUGACGUUGUGGAUGUGAGAUUUUGCGCUGCCAAGGGCUACAUGUUCGGUUCUGCCAGUUAGGUAUGACGUGAACCAGUUAUGAACAGUUCCUGAGAGUCCAAUGGUGCAUUGCAGGCGGUGAAGGAGGAUGUUAUGGUCUAUUGUGUCAAAAGCAGCUGUCAGGUCAAGGAGGAUGAGUAGAGAAGGGGAACCAGUAUCUGCUGUCAUCAGAAGAUCAUUGGUGACCCUGACCAGGGCUGUUUCGGUGCUAUGGCCAGGGUGGAAACCGGACUGAAAUUUUUCAAACAGGUUAUUCAGUUUGAGGUGAACAUGAAAUUGUGCUGCAACUGUUUUUUCCAGAACUUUAGAGAGAAAUGGAAGAUUGGAGAUGGGCCUAUAGUUAGAGAGAACUUCAGAGUCCAUGGUGGGUUUUUUCAAUAGAGGUAGAAGUAGAAGGAAUAUGGCCAGUCAGGAGGGAUUGGUUUAUGAUCCUGGUGAUGAGUGGAGAGACGGCAGAGAUGUUGACCUUUAGCAGGGCUGAAGGGAAAGGGUCCAGGGAACUGGUAGAUGGUUUUAUUUUCCUGAUGACGUUCUCCACCUCUUCCCGUGUGGUAGCAGAGAAGGAGCAAAGUGGCUGGACCAUCUCAGGUAGUAGGUCGACAGUUGGAGGAGGCAAGAUAUUCAUGAUGGAGAGGUAUGAGCGGAUGUUAUCAACUUUUUGUCUGAAGAAAUUGAUGUGCAUGUUGCACCUCUCCUCGGUGGCCUCAGAGUGGGCAGGUGAAGGAGGUUUGAGAAGGUGAUUUAUAGUUGAAAAAAGUAUUUUGGAGUUUCUGGAGCUGUUGCUGAUGAUGGUGGAAUAGAACCUGGACCGUGCAGCCUUCAGAGCUUCUGCAUACGCCCUCUUGUGUUCCCUGUAAGCCUGUUUGUGGACAGUCAACCUAGAGGUCUUGAGCCGCCGCUCAAGGACACGCCCAGCCGCCUUCAUUUUUCAUAGCUCGCAGGUGUACCAAGGUGCUGAGCACGAGAAUGAGACAGAUCUAGAUGUUAAGGGGGCGUGGAAGUCCAGGAGAUUGCUCAGGGACUGGUUGUAGAAAUCUACGAGGUCAGCAACAGAGAGGGAGCUGGUAGGUUCAGAGGAGAGAAAUUUAAGGGCCAGGGCCAGGGCAUCUGCAUUGAUGUUCUUCAGAUUUCUGAAAUGGAUCUGACGUUUUGGUUUCAUAUGGGGGGAGAGAAAGGGCAGCUCCAUUGACACUACUUUAUGGUCCGAGAUACCAAGAUCAUAUACCUGUAGAUUACUGAUGGGGGCGAAGUUUGAAAUGACCAAGUCAAGUGUGUGACCCCUGGAAUGUGUGGGGAAAUCAACAUGUUGUUGUAGGUUGAGGGAAUCUAGCAGCUCUAGGAAAUCAGCAGUGAGAUAACCUGUGGGAUUAUCAACAUAGAUGUUUAUAUCUCCCAGGAUUAUAAUGUUAGUAGAGGUAGCACAAAGUGUUGAGAGAAGAUCAGACAUUUCCGGGAUGAAGGAGUUGGGUUUUGGAGGUCGGUAAAUUAGGAGAACAGUCAGGGGAAAAGGGGGCUUACAUUUAAAUGCAAGGCACUCACAUGAAGAUGGUGCAGAUAUCGAAAUAGGGGACAACCCCAGAACCUGACGGUGGAUGAUAGCUAGGCCACCACCAUGCCCCGUGCUGCGUGCUACCUCCAAGUAACUGUAACCAGGUGGGCAGGCUUCAUUCAGGGCAGAGUAAACCUCUGGCUGGUGCCAGGUUUCUGUCAGACACAUGAAGUCAAGUCCUUUCUCCCUGAUGUGUUCUUCAAUCAAUGUGGAUUUAUUGCUGAUGGAUUGAGAGUUGAAUAGUUCAAAUUUGACUAAUUUCUGCGGAGUAAAUCUCUGUACAGGUCGCAGAGCACUAAAAUCCACUCCACGCAGCUUAGAGUCCACUCCACAAAGUAAAUCCAACCGGGAAUGUGAGGAUCUCGCAGUGUUUCUCUCAGUGGCUCGGGUAUUUCCCAUGCUUGAGUGCUGAGAUCUCGCGAUACUUCGAGUGUUGAUAGUAGGUGAAGCGACGGCGCUCUGAUGAUGCGUCAGACGUGUGACCGGCGACCAGAAAGAUGGAAUGUUAGUAGCAGAGCACUUUGGCAGGUUAUGGAAGAUAAACUUUCGCCCGGACCCUCUGUGAAUGUAAUGAGGACGGCGAAGGAGUCCAAGUUUUUUGAUGACGGAGAUGUUAAUUCCUGGAGUGAUUGCGGGAUUUAGUCGGCGGAGUCGACAGAGCUGAGCGUCAGAUAUUUUGUAGGUUCUUGUGCUUAUGAGGCACUUAAGAGAGUCCUGGCCCAGGUUCCAGUAGUUAGGCUGAGUGGAUGCUGACUGCUCUCCGUCUUCCUCGAGAUUCAUAUUCGGAAAGCAUGAGCGGGAAUAGAACCAGAUGCUCAGUGUUUUGCUGGAUCGUCUCCCUCUCUGUGUCCUUUUUUUCCCUGCAUUUCAGCUGCAGGGUUGUGGCCAACAGUGUCUUGAAUUGAUUUUCUUAUAUAGAAAGAGAGAAAUCUAUUUAAUAUGCUUGUGGGUUUUAAAAGGUGACUUCUCACAAAUGCCUCGCAGCACUGGAGGAAAUGGAAAAAUUGGUCCAGGCAUCUACAAAAGGUAGCAUGCAGAAGUCUCCUGGUCGUUUUUUCUGCUCUCUUCUUCUCAUUAAAUACAGUGCCGCACUCCAUUGUUUUCAUUCUACAAGGGUGAGAACAGCAUCUGUGAGGAGGUUGUUCUGGCAGAUGGGCAUGCACACAUCGACACGCACACAUCGACACGCACACAUCGACACACACACAUUGACACACACGCAUUGACACACACACAUCGACAUGCACACAUCGACACGCACACAUCGACACAUACACUUCGACACACACACAUCGACACACACACAUCGACACACACACAUUGACUAUUGUGAAUGACGAUGGUUGAGCAGGUGGAUUUCUUGCAAUGUAACUUUCCUGCUCCCAGAAGAGAAUAAGUGAGCACUGGGAGCCAGGUUUCACUCCCACAGAGAUUGUGAUCUGUCAGGGCAUCAGGGCAUGGUGAAGGCAGGAAAAGGGGGAAACGAUGCACUAGCGGGUUUAUUAAGAAACUAAAUACACUGGGUAAAACUACAAACAAAAGGACCACGAGGAGGUAAAAAGGCAAAAUGGGGAAAACAACAGAGUACAAGAAAUAACAAGGAAGCAAGGUCUGGAAACAAGGCAACAGAGAGCAAGAACACGUUUUUGCUCCCUCUCAGCUCCCAGCCACUCAGGAACACCGAAUACCUGGUACAGGCGCACUGGGAGCUGAGAGGAAGCAAAAACAUGGACUGCCGGGGUUUCCCGUGGACUGGGUUGGGAAGCACUGGUGUAGAAAUCGAUUAGUAAAUCCUACAUAAACUGAAAUGAACUGAAGUGUUUCAAACUUUGCAACUACACCUGAUUCAGGGUGUCAUGGAAAUGGUAAGCCCUGUGACCCCUCUCCCAGUUUGACAGCAAGUUUGGUGGGUUUUUUUAUUUCCUAGAGUGCAGUUAUUUACAUCAGGAGACGUGUCAGUAUAAAUAAGUUCCAUAGAUAAAUGUUAGAUGAGCUUUGUGAGGGUGGUGUGUUCUGUAUGACGUCAUCAGCACACAGCAGAGGAGCGAAAAUGAGAGACAGGGAAAUGGAUAGAUGUCAGCCUGUUUCAGUCUCCUGAUCCAUCUGUAGCCCAUCUGUGUCUCCUUGGCACAUGACGUGCUUCCCAAGCCACGGUGGAGCUGUCAAGUACGUGUGCAGGGGGGUGCUUGGUGAGCAUGCGCCUGACAGACGAAGGGGUGGACAGGGAAGAAAAACAGAGGAAGAGUGAAAGAGGAGGGAAGGAACGGCCGCAGAGCAACAGCUUUCUCUCCACCUCCUUCUGCUGGAGCCUUUUUCUAUACCGUGUCACUUUUCAUGUGGAUAAAUCCCUUCUCACUGUUUUCAUCUUAUUUUUACCCUUAAAUGCUGAAGACAGCAGAGAGAAGACCCCAGCCAUGCCCGGUUCUCCAGUGGAGGUGAAGGUCCUUACCCUAUCGGGUCCUUCUGCUAUGCCAUCUUUGCUGUCGGUCAAACUUUCAGAGCCUCGGUCAGCCUCCUUCUCCUCCACCCCAUUGAGCAAUGGGAUGAACCACUCCCCACCCAUCUUGACCAGUACACCCUCCUGGCCCCAGCGUUACAGCAAUGGUCCGCCUUCCUUAUCCUCCGCACUGGCUAACCAGCAGCUCCCCCCAUCCUGUGGGGCCCGGCAACUCAGCAAGCUGAAGCGCUUCCUCACCACAUUGCAACAGUUUGCCAAUGACAUCUCGCCUGAGAUCGGGGAGAACGUCCGCAGUCUGGUGCUGGCACUAGUGAAUUCUACAGUCACCAUUGAGGAAUUUCACUCCAGGCUUCAGGAGGCCACCAACUUCCCCCUGCGACCCUUCGUCAUCCCAUUCUUGAAGGCCAACUUGCCCCUUCUCCAGAGGGAGCUAUUGCGGUGUUCCCAUGCCACCAAGCAGACUCCUGCUCAGCAUCUGUCCCAGCCUGAGCACCUGCACCGCAGCACCAGUCUGACAGCCUCUCCAGAUUCCUCCGAGCUGCUGAAGGAGCCCAAUGAAGCUCCGAAGCGGCACAGUCCUGUCAGGACCAAGGAGAAUGGCUUUCAUGAGUGUCCCUCGGGGCAUCUGGAGCCCCCAGCCAAGCGUGUGUGCACCAUCAGUCCUGCCCCCAGACACAGCCCCAUCCUGGCCCUUGGCCAGCUGCACCCCAUCCCACCACCCUUACAGCACCAUACCCUGGAGGACAUUUCUGCCCCUCGCCUAUGCCAGGAACCGCAGCACCCCUUGGAGCUCAGAGAGCUGAAAGACAGGCCACGUCACCAAGGCACUGACGGGGGCUAUUGUGAAGUGCCAGUUGACCACAGAUUGACAGACAGAGAAUGGACUGAUGAAUGGAGGCAUCUCGAUCAUGGGCUGAACGGCAUUGUGGACAUGGUGGAGAAGACCCGGCGCUCCAUAAAUGUGCUACAGCGCUGUCAGAAAUCUGACUGCAAUGAGCUCCAUUACUGGAGGAGGCACUCCAGUGAGCAAGAAGAGGCAAGGAAGGGCGGGCCAGCCCUUGGCAAGUCCCACAGCUCCCAUGGUGGGGAAGGCAUCACUGUCAUGACCCAGAGAGACUUUUCAUCCCAGCCAAGUUCUGGUUGUGUGCCUGAUGAAAUCUGGAGGAAAACUGAAGAAGCUGUGAAUGGGGUGAAGCGGCAUGCUUUGGAUGAAGUUCAGAAGGCUGUGGCAGUGGCUGAACAGAGAGCCUUUGAGAUGAUUGCUGUAGAGAGGGCCAAGAUGGAGAAGACUCUGGCUGAAGCCAAGCAACAGGCCACCAAAGAUGCCAUCCAGGUCAUCAGUGAGCAGGAGGACUCCAGUGAGAAUUGCUGGAAUUGUGGCCGCAAGGCCAGUGAGACAUGCAGUGGCUGCAACGCUGCCCGCUACUGUGGUUCCUUCUGCCAGCACAAGGACUGGGAGAGACACCACCUUAUCUGUAGCCCUGGCCUCCAGGCUCAGCCGAAGGCCCUCUCAACUGUUACUGUUAAUAUGGUUCCUGAUGUCGUUUCCAGCCCUGACACAGAGAAUGGGGGUUCCCGGACCUCCACACCAACCACUGUCCCUGCAGCAGAGUCCAAUGGACACUGAGGAGGCGGUGCCACAUCGUAAAUCAGCACAAAUAGGGAGUUACUUGCAAGUCUGGCCAUGUCUUCCACCCGAGAUGGCUUAGAUACAGGAAUGACCAGCUCAUUUCUUACAGGGCUGUUAGAUUCAGUACAAACAUUUCCAUAAAGUGAAUGGAGCAACUAGAAAAACAAAUAGCGCAUUGAAAGUUGCUGUUGAUUAUUUUGAGUUUCCCGAAAAACAUUCCUCUGAAAUAUGUAUAGUAAUCUUAGAAGUAUUUGGGUCAAAAUCUAGGCCACAGUGUUCAGUGCUUACUUUGGGUUUAUUACUAGCUUAUGUAUAUAAUCCUGUGCGGGGGUGUCCUAUUAAUUUAAAAUGUUAAACUGUUGUUGGCUAUGUGCCAUGUAAUUGGAAAGUGUUCUCUAAGAGCAGACAUGUUUGGAAAAUGUUUGGCCAUGUGGUGGCAGCAAACACCAGUGGAAGGUUCUAAUAAGGCAGUGGUUCUCAAACUCGGUCCUCGGGAUCCACUGCCCUGCUUGUUUUCCAGCUAUCCCUGCCCUACACACUGCUGAUUACCUGGAUCAGGUGUGUUCAGUCAAUCAGAAGCUGAAAGACAGCUGGCACUUGUGUGUGGGGCAGGGAUAGCUGGAAAACAAGCAGGGCAGUGGAUCCCGAGGACCGAGUUUGAGAACCACCGUAAUAAGGAGAAUUGAUUGCAAGCUGUCCUUUGCGAGCACUUGCCACAUGCUUGAUUUUGUUUUAUCUUUGUAUGUUUCAGAGCUUAUUGUAUAUUGAUUAAUAUGUCUAUGUCACUAGUCAAUAAAUAAUAAAUGUCACACUUCCUUGA